AUGUUUGGCAUAGCAGCCUCUUCCAGGCUCUGGAGGCAAAGAAAAGGGUACAUGAAGCUAUGGUGGAGGCCAAACGAGACAAGGGGAAUAGUGUGGCUAGACCAAGAAGUGAAAAGUGAAGCAGGUGAUAAGACCCUCUUGCCAACAUUGAGAAUAUCGAGUGAUGUCUCAAAGUUCAAGGUGAAGAAUCCAGGUGAGGAGUUAGGGGUUCGUAUAUCUCGAAUUAUGUCGAAGACAGUGAGGCUUGGGAUGGAGAAUGUGAGGUGGUUUGUGAUGGGAGAUGAUGACACUUUCUUUGUGACUGAGAAUUUGGUGAAGGUGUUGCAGAAGUAUGAUCACAACCAGUUUUAUUACAAUCUCACUUUCUAA